AUGACGUCCGUUCGGUGGUUCAGCAGAUUUUCUGCGUAUUUGCUCUUUGUUGGUCUACAGUUCGUGUCAUCCACGUUCUAUAGCACCUUGCUGAAUGGAGAGAAAUUCAAAGGCUUUAUGACGAUAUCUCCUCUUGGACACGACCAGUAUCUCAUAUCCUUCGACGUGAAACACUCAGAGGACGAUGUGAGCUGGUCUGUUCAUAUGUCUUCUGCUCCAUAUGACAUGGUUGCGAUUACCGAGAACUGCAAACGAGCGAAGAAGAGCCCGAAAAUUGUUCGAGAUCGACCACUGAAUGAAUCAACAGUCAGUGGAUCGCAAAUCAUUGGUCAUACGGUCAUUCUAACGAGCAAACGAGGCUUGGUUACCUGUGCUACAGUAAUUUUACCUGGAUUUCCACUUCUGCGAGCUUCAUUUCAUACCGCAACUAUAGAGGGAUAUAUUCACAUAAUCCCACUGAAACAAGAGGCGCGCAUCCUUCCCGACCUGAGAUCAAAUCCAAAAUUGGAAAAGGAAGAGCCUAAGAAAGGCAUAUUAGAGUGGGCAUUUGUUCGAAGAUGUCCAAAAAACAUGACUUCCCUCCAAACAGAUGACAACGAACUUGGAGUUGACUCGCGGACAACCCUCACAAUAGGAAUUCCUGCUAACUUCACUUUUCAAAUGAUUGCUUUGCUAUUCGAUGGAGAACUGCUCACCUGUUCACCUAUUACAAACGUUGAAAUUCGCCAA